CUAAAAAAACAAAAAAAAAAGUAAAAACUGUGUGUGAGAAUUAUCAGCUCUCCGCCGCCAUCUCCCCCUUUAUUUCAGGGACUACUACACUCCGGCGUUAAAGGCCUAGGCCGUGACAGAGCGGGAGCACGCAGGCCUCUCAGCAACUGGGCCGCGCUCGUGCACGCCCCCAGCGCUCAUUGUCUGCGAUAGUAAACACAGGGGACGCGCACGUCACGCAAAGCCUCACAGGAAGCACGCGUCACAGCCACGUAGGCGACUGACAAGCGUCUCGGCCAAUAGGCGUCGCGCCUCCUCAACACCACGGCCAAUAACGCGGAAGGAGAAAGGCGGGCCUUCCCUCCCGAACAGCCCGUGAAGAGAGAGGAAAUGGCCGCCAUGGAGGUGGACGGGCAGAGCGAGUAUCUGCAGCACGGCAACAGCAGCGACGACAGCGACCAAGGCGGCGGUGGCGGACAGACUGAAGAUCUGACAUCUGUACAAUUGACAGGAGGUCCUAAUAGAUGGGAAGUCUUGACUCCAGCCCAAGCUGCAUUGAAAGAUGAAGCUGGAAAUAUAGUUCAGCUACCAGGUGGUGCUACAGUAACAUCAACUGGACAGUAUGUGCUGCCCCUUCAGACUCUACAGAAUCAGCAUCUCUUUUCUGUAGCACAAGGAACAGACACUGCUAAUGGGACACUUUCUAAUGUGCAGUAUCAAGUUAUACCCCAGCUUCAGACAUCUGAUGGUCAACAAGUCCAGCUUGGCUUUGCAACUUCUGAUAAUGGUGGUUUAGAUCAAGAAUCUGGUCAGAUUCAGAUUAUUCCUGGAAAUUCUAGUCUUUUGUCAUCAAAUCAAAAUAUAUUAACACAAGCUGGUCAGCUUCAGCAGAUUCAAGGGGUUACAUAUGGAGGACAAACCCAAGUUGUUACUAAUGUCCCACUUGGUCUUCCUGGUAACAUCACUUUUGUUCCUAUAAAUAGUGUUGACCUAGAUUCACUGGGUCUGUCUGGUAGCUCAGAAGGCAUGACUGGCAUUACUGCAGAUGGACACUUGAUAAGUGCGGGACAAGCCAUAGAUAGCUCUGAUGCUUCUGAAAGGACUGCAGAGCAAGAACAUGUUUCUCCUGAAGUUGGUGAAACAAACUCGGAAACAGAUUUGUAUGUGCCAACCUCUUCUUCAUCUCAGCUUCCUGUUACUAUUGACAGUUCAGGGAUGCUUCAGAGUGGAAAUAGUUUGGCCGACAGUCCAUCUGGGCAUGUGCAAACAUCUGAUCUUCAGGGAAACUACAUCCAGACUUCAAUUUCUGAUGAGUCGCAGAAUAUUCAGGUCUCCACAUCGCAACCAAUGGUACAGCAAAUCCAGCUUCAAGAUAGUCAGGCCAACAGUCAAGCCCAGCUUGUGCAAAGCAUUGCACAACAGGCAAUCCAGGCUGUUCAGGCUGGAGGUCAAGGCAUAUCAUCACAAGCUUUGCAAAACCUUCAGCUGCAGCUGAACCCUGGCACGUUCUUAAUUCAAGCCCAAACAGUGACUCCUUCUGGCCAAAUUGCCUGGCAAACAUUUCAAGUUCAAGGUGUACAGAACUUGCAAAACUUGCAGAUUCAGAAUUCGUCUCCUCAACAGAUAACAUUGACACCUGUGCAGACACUCACACUUGGCGGAGGGGGUACUCCAGUUAGUUUAAGUACUGGUCAGUUGCCAAAUCUACAGACUGUUACAGUAAACUCUGUGGAUGCUUCAGGUAUCCAUUUGCAGCACGGAGAGCACUCUGACAGCCCAACAGCUAUCCGAAUUAAGGAAGAAGAACCUGAUCCAGAGGAGUGGCAACUUACUGGUGAUUCUACAGUCAAUACCAAUGAUUUAACACACCUGAGAGUCCAAGUUGUUGAUGAUGAACUUGACCAACCAAAUCAAGAGGGAAAGAGACUUAGAAGAGUGGCGUGCACUUGUCCCAACUGCAAAGAUGGAGCUGGAAGGGGUACCAACCUGGGAAAGAAAAAGCAACACAUCUGUCAUAUCCCAGGAUGUGGUAAAGUAUAUGGUAAAACGUCACAUCUAAGAGCUCACCUGCGUUGGCAUUCUGGCGAACGUCCAUUUGUUUGCACUUGGAUGUUCUGUGGCAAAAGGUUUACACGAAGUGAUGAACUACAGCGACAUAGAAGGACACAUACUGGUGAAAAGAAGUUUGUCUGUCCUGAGUGUUCCAAGCGAUUUAUGAGAAGCGAUCACCUUGCCAAACACAUUAAAACCCAUCAGAAUAAGAAAGGCAUUCAUACCAGCAGCGCUGUAUUGGCAUCCAUAGAAGCCAAGCCUGAUGAUACAUUGAUAACCGCUGAAGGUACAACCCUUAUCCUUGCAAACAUUCAACAGGGGUCUGUAUCCGGCUUAGGAACUGUAAAUACUGGCACCAGCAGUCAAGAUCUCCUCUCCAAUUCAGAGAUUCCCCUACAGCUUGUCACAGUUUCUGGAAAUGAGACACUUGAGUAAAUAUCACACAACACCUAUUAAUUGUGGUUAUUUUUAUACAGUAGUGAGGAAAAAACAAAAACAAUGUUCUUGAGUUCUUAGAUAUCUUUUUAUUGAUGUGCAAACUUUUUUGGAUUGACAGUAACUUGGUUAUACAUGACACUGAAAUGCCUUACUUUGUAUGCUAUUCCAUAAGUAUGAAGAAAUGGUAAAAUUGCAUGGCUUUUGUAGGUACUUCUGGAAUCUAGAAUUGAUGAAAUUUUACCAUGACACAUACGAGUAUAAAUAAUGACAGAUGGAUAUGGUAGUCUAACCAAAUGCAUCAAUCCUGUGUGGUUUAGUGUAAAAAAAAAAACAUACAAACAAAAAAAUCAUCAAAAAAUUCAGAACAUUUUGGUAUUUAUCUAUUGUAAGAUAACAAAGUUGAUGGGUAACAAAGAAAUUAUGUUAUGGGAUAAAAUUUUGUAAUUUUCUCAAUGACUGGAAUUUUUAUUAUGCAUAUACUGACAAAUCACGUUUCCCAGCACACACAGCCUGGCUUCGGUUUCACCACCACUCACCAACUUAACCAAAAUUAACAACCAAUUUGUUUUAAUUAGGUGAACCUAUGUACACAAUUUUAAAAAUUUCUCUUGUAAAAAAAAUUAAAAAUAAUCUACAAUAAGGUUUUUAACCUGGCAGCAGCCACUGUCUGGAUUGUUUAAAAAUACAUUUAAAAAAAGCCAUGCGCAAACGUCAAUUUGCAAACCAAAUCUUGCUAAAGUUGUUAGUCAUGGAGGCAAUAUAACCAGUGUAGAAAGAAUUUGUAGGUUGACGCAUUUUUUUUUUUAUAAUUUUUUUUUUUGAAUGGUUAAUAGUUUUGAUUAAGCACCCACGUUAUUGAAUACUGGUGGACCAAAAAUAGUGAACUGUUUGUCAUUCAGGAGCACAUCUAUCAAUUUUUGAGUACUCACUCGGACAUCAAAACCAUUGUAAAUGAAGUAGUCUAGCAUAUGCAAACAUGAUCGGAGUCCUUUCAUAGUGACAGAGGCAUACAAAUACUAGUCAUGGGUUAAAGGGGGGAAAUUACAAGGGUGGGUUUCUCAUUAUUUUUCUUUUUCUUUCUUUUUUAUUUUUUUUAUUUUAUUUUUUUAAGUUAGUUGGUGAAUCAGCGUUUAAACAACCUAUUUGCUUCUACCCAUUUAAAAUUGUAUGUAUCUAAUACAUGUACCUGAUAAAUAUGUAUAUGUUUUUUUUUAUGUUGCUGUAUUUUUGUUUUUUUAAUUGUUUAUAUUUUCAACUAUAGAAAAGUGUACAAAUACAAAGUUACAUUGCAGGUAUGUAUGGUCUAUACCAUUUUUUUUCUAAGACGUAGCGUAAUAAAAUGAAUUAAAAAAAAAUUUAAAAAAAUAAACUGCAGCACCUACAACAGUUCACCUAUUUACCGGCUUCGUUUGGGUCUAUUUCUUAUUGUUAUGACCACCUCAGAUUAAAAGAAAAAAAAAGCUACCUUUAAAAGUGUAUGUUUAAAAGUGUAUUAUAACAGUGUGGUAGUUUAAUAAAACACUAUUUUCUUUCUUUUGACUUUGCUGUAUUCAUACUCUGAAUAUAUUUGUCCGUUCCAAAUAUAAAUCCAUCUAGCAUUAUAUUCUACUCACAAGUUGGCUUCAGCACAGUUGAAGUUAAACUGCCUUUAAAUCACUGAAUGUAUGUAUAAUAAGAACAAAGUAUAGAUCACUCAUUUGCUUUAGAUUUUAUGGCAAGGUUUUUUUUUUCCUUUUUUUUAUUUUUUUUUCACCUACUGGAAUUUGAUCAGACCAAUUUUUCUAUUCCAUCCCCCCAGAAAAAAUAAAAAAAAAUUCUUUGUUGUAAAGUGGACAGUUAUUCAGAAAUACCAAAUUUUUUUCUAAUAAAAAGAUCUUACAGUAAGGCUUGUAUUACCUGUCAUAAAAGGCAGAUCGGGCAUCUGGAGCCUCCAUUGAUCUAAAGCCAAGGGGGACCCAUUCCAUGAGAAAAGGUUACCAAGCUCUGACAAGUGUUUCGGUAACAACCUUUCAUUUCACUGGAGGGUGAUCACUACCUUGUUCCUCAGAUCGGGAGGUAGACACAGCUGCUAGAUCAACUUUUAUUGCAGGUCUUCUAGAAAUGUCAUAGUGCAUUUGCCUAGCAAACUCUAAGCAUUUCCACCCUAGACUAGAAUUAGUUUGUAAACUACAACCCUCAGUUUUAGCUAAUAGUUAUGUAUUGGGAUCUGUUAAAAAAAAAAUGUAAUAUCUGAUUGGGUCCCACAUUAGGAAACCUAUUCACGUUACUGUACUGAAUGAUUGCUACCCUGUGCAUGGGCCCUAUCACCCUAAUUAAUAAAGUGGAUCCAAGACCUGGCUGUCUUAACCGUGGGCAUGUACAUAGAAUCUAAAAAUAUUCAAACCAGUUUGCAAACUAAAAUGUGAAAAUAUUUGGUUUAUUUGAGAAAGGAGAGGAAAACAAAUGUAUGUUCAGAAUAUUGAGAUGGUGGCCUGUAAUAUGUUGUAGCUGUUUGUGUCCUGCUUCUGAAAUAAAACAUUCCCCUUGCGUCCUUCCCACUCCAGCUCUUUUUUUUUUAAAGCUUUUCUUUACAUUAACUUUCAGUUAAAAUCUUUUGCAAGCCCCAGAUGAAAUCCGUCUUUCUUUCUUAAUGGUUUUUUUUCUCCAGUGAUUUAAUCAAAAUAUACACCUUUCUAAUAUUGAACUGUGAACUGUCAUUUUUGUUGUCAGCACUUUUUGCAAUCAGAUAUUCACCCAAUUAAGCUGUAAGAACCUUUUAUAAAGUUGUAUAUGAUGUGGAAUUGCGUCUUGUACACUCAGAAUCUGGCGUCUUUUAUUUUAUUUUUUUGACAUUUUUUUUUUUUAUUUCAUGUGUUUUUCUUGGUUUAAAAUUAUACUCCCAUGAUUUUUUUUCUGCCAUUUAAAUAGGUUAAGAUUUAUGUCUUUGUUUAAAACAUAAUGCAUUUUUAUACUUGCUCCUAUGUGUUUCGUUAUGGUAUAUUUCUGUAAUAUGCAUGUAGGUGGAAUUUUGCUGCAUAGGUAGAUUUAAAGAAAAAAAUAAAGUACAAAUCUGUAAAUCUGUAAACGUUUUACUUUAUAUCGGUCUUUGAGUUUUUAUUA